GAGUAAUUCGCGUUUAGAGGUGUCUUUAAUUCGAUUUUAAAAGAAAAAAAUUAUAUAAAAAGUGGGAAAAAUGUAUCCAUCGUUCCCACUUUUGAGACCUACUGUCAUUUUAGCGACAAUUUUUACAACUAUUCAGUCCCUUGCAUGGAUAGCUGGCUCUAUUACCUCAAUUAUCGCCUAUUAUUGCCAAAUAAAUGUCGAAGUGACGAAAGAAAAUGUUGUGAAAUCGAUUUUAGGCCUUACCAUGUAUCGACAAUACUUCAAAAACGACGAAUGCCUCUCCCGGAAUUUCAAUGAUUCGAUUUUUUCUGUCUUGGAUGACGUUCAAACUGUGAGCCCAGUUGAUAUACAUGCGAUUUCGUGGACUUUUUUGACAAUCAGCUUCUUUUGGUUCGUCGCAGGAUUACUUUUAGUCAUUUACGUCACAAAAUAUCGCUUGAAAAAUGCGAAUUUUUUCAUUUAUUUUUGGAUUUUUAACACUUUGAUCGUCUCAAUUGCGGAUGUUGUCGUUGGAAUUUUCAUGUCACGAGACUAUUUUAAUCUUUCGAAUAAAAUAGAAGACCUCACUUUUGAAUACGAAACUGCCGAAAAAAUCACCGUUUUACUCACAGCUCGAACAGUUUCGUGGCUCAUGAUCGCCAUUUCCUUCCGUGGCUUCGUUUUGUGGCUGAUAAAUGUCUCCUUAGCACUUUACAUGAUUCGUCAUGUCUUUGCCAUUCAACAUCAUAACCAAGUGAGAUCAGGAUUUGAUAAUCAUGGCUACAUUCAUAACGAAACUCGGCAUAAAAAUCACAUUUUGGGCUAUGACGCAUUUGCCCCAAAAGCAUUUUACGGCAACAGUGAUUCACUCACAGAAAUUCCGCGACCCAAAAUUACGAAAGCCCAAACGUUGAACAAUCAUCAAAGAGCCGCUGUUCUGUCGUUGCACUUAAAUCACAAUCCAGACAAGGAAUUUUCCUAUCUCGAAGGAGGCAGAACAAGACCAUCCAGUGCCUUUGUUCGAGGUUACAACAACAAAAAAUCGCCAAGACCGGAUUACAGUCCAACGUUACCGAGAGCUCUGAGAUUGCCGGAUAGCAUAAUCGAUGAACAUCCACAAGCGGUGUUGAGACAAUCCAAAAAUUUGCGUCGAUUUUAGUCUUUUUUUUUUUUUGUAAAAGAGAGAAUAGAAAAAAAAUAGAGAGUGAAAUUUUUAAACGGCAUGACUUUGUAUCUCGACACGAUGAUGAUAAAAUCUUUCAAAUAAUAAUA